AGCCGCCCUUCACUCUUCCCAUACCAACACCCACCACCACCGCCUGAAGCUUGUUUCUUUUAACAGCCAUUUCAAUAUGAGUGACCGGAAGCGAGCCCUGGAGGGCAAUGGAGAGUCGAGCAUGGCGAAAAAGUUCAAAAGGUUUGUACUCUCAUAUAUAUCUAACAUCUUGUACUGAUUCUCUCUCAUUUAGCGAACCUGUGAGUGGUCCUUCCCUUCUCUAUACCUAAGACGUCCGCCAAUGGGUCCGCCUCCCCUUCUCUGACGUCUACAGAAGCUCUCAUUGCCCAGAAGAGGGCUGAAAUUGCGGCCAAGAUAGCUGCGAUGAGGAAGACUGCUACUCCGUCUAAAGUCGCAACGCCGAGCCCUCUUUCUACGCCAGUCUUGUCACACGGUGCCUCGCCGUCGCCCGGUCCUGGUUUGCCAGCUGCGGACGAUGUAUCUCGAAGAGUUGCCGAAGCUAGACGAUUGGUGGCAGAGGCUCAGAGCAAGUUGGCAAUCAAGGACAACCCUUACAUGACUCUUGCACGAACGGGGAAAAGUAAGACGACACCACCCGAACCUGCUCAGCAAGGUGCUGGCUUGAAGAUGGCAGCCCAUCCUCUCCUUUUGGACACCACUAUCCCAGCACCGCAAUCCAAGAAGGACAGGUACAAGCCUAUGCAGCCAAAGUUUGCUUCUAUCAAGGCCAACGUACGAAAUGCGCCCACGCCUCCUCCAGCCCCUACUCCCGUACCUAUCGAAUCCAAGACGAAUCCGUAUGCUGCUGGCUCAUCCGCAGUUCCCGAUAGUGGAUUCGAAGGCGCACCUAGGGAACGUGUUGGGCGUUCUUUUAGGUUCAACCCCAAAGGCAAAUAUGUGCAAAUUGCGAACGAAAUUCGACGAGAAGCGCAGCUGGAGCAAUUGAAGCAAAGAAUCGCUGAAAGUGCAAAGAAGGCGGGUUUGGACUCCGAGUUUGAGACGCUGGAGAAGAAUAUUCGGCGUGACGCACCUCCAGAUACAGAGUGGUGGGACGCUGCCCUCCUUCCCACCAAAUCUUACGACGAUUUGCAGCAGUAUGGUGUAUCACAAAUGAACAUUCGCAUUCCCAAUUCGCCUAUCACUAUUUAUGUUCAACACCCUAUUCCAAUACCCGCCCCCGCUGACAAGAACAACACGGUUGUAAAGCCUCUGAAAUUGACCAAGAAGGAGCAAAAGAAGAUGAGGAAACAACGACGUCAAGCGGAGUUGCAAGACAAGCGCGACCGGAUCCGUAUGGGUCUCAUACCCCCUGAUCCCCCCAAAGUCCGUCUGGCGAACCUCAUGAAGGUCCUCACCUCGGAUGCCGUGCAGGAUCCUACGCGUGUAGAAGCUCGUGUUCGACGAGAAGUCGCGAUACGCAAGCAUACUCACGAGAAGAUGAAUGUGGAGCGGAAACUCACGGAGGAACAAAAGAAAGAGAAGAUCGAGAACAAGAAAAUGGAAGAAGAGAAGAAGGGUAUCUAUGGCGCGCUCUUCAAGGUAAAGACACUCUCGGACCCUUCACACCGUUUCAAAGUGCGCAAGAACGCCGAACAAAUGGGCCUUACUGGCGUUUGCAUCUUCCAUCCCAAUUUCGCCAUGGUCUACGUUGAGGGUGGAUCAAAGUUCAUUCGACAAUAUAAACGACUCAUGCUCCACCGCAUUGCAUGGACGGAAGCGGCUCGCGAACGUGGUGCAGAAGAGGUUGAGAUUGAGCGUGGGGAAGAUGAAGAAACCACUGCUGCUGCUGAAGCCAGUAAGAGUGCAGGUGAACCGCGAGUGUCCCUGGAGGAUAACAAGUGUUAUUUGAUUUGGGAAGGGCAGUUGAGGGACCGGGCGUUCAACAACUUCAAGCCGAAGAGUUGCCCGACGGAUGCUGCUGCGAAGGAGGUCCUUGGUACCAAGUUGUCGGGAUAUUGGGACCAGGCGAAGAAUUGGAAGCCCGAGGAAGAGGAGUUGUUCUGAGCUAUUGUUGGUCUUGUCAUGCUCGUCCUAGAUGUCCUCGACUUAGGUUGUAUAUUACAGUGGCCUGGCCAUGGUUCAGAGGCCUCGCACAGUUCGAUUCCACAUAUAGCCAUCGUAAUCCAUGCUUUCAUUGACUGCAUGUAUUAAUCUUGCGGGUUUAUACCUUGCUGCGUAUAUACGUUGUACAAUGAUCUAUACUUUUUAUGGAAUUAGGCGAUAAGCUCUCCUUUGGUUCAGUG